AUGAAGAUCAUCAGCAAUACACUUCUGGCCGCGGCAUUGGCUGUCGUCGCCGUCUCUGCCGACAUGGAAAACGUGAAGACGCUUACCGUGACUGCGACCCCUCAGUCAUUCCAUAACCCUGCGGACCCAGCGUCUGUUUCUCCAUUCUCGAACCCUUUGAGCCAUGCGCCUGUUUCUCAAUUCGGGCCCCCUGAUGCGCCUCUUGCAGCUCCACCCUUAUAUGAAGCUCCUCCGACAAUUCCUACUCCUCUCCCCCCCACGGAGCCUAGCGAUCCUAAUGUCAUUACUGUAGUUGCGAACAUUGGGUGUAUCACACCGAAUUGUGUGCCUACGACCCCCCAAUUUUGGAAUCCACCGUCUACGGAACCAAUUUCACCAACUUCACCGUCUGAUGUUCCGAUUGUUAUGCCGACUUUUCCUCCUUCCCAAGGAAAUCCUGGACCUCUUGACAAUACUGUAGUAGCGUGCGAUGGUUUCGGUGAACCAAAAUGUGCGAGUUUUCCCUCAUAUUCGAAACUACCGCCUAUGCAACCGAUUUCACCAAUUUCACCGCCUGGGGACUAUCCGCCUGUGACGCCGACUCCUUUCCCCGACCCGAAACGAGACGAUAUUUUACCUACCAUGACUGUAGUUGCGCUCGGUCCAUGUGGCAAGAUUGAAUGUCCGACUCCUCAGAACCCCGGGUGUUCGGAUUCACCGAUGUUAACAAGUCAAAUGUUAUCGUUAGAUGCUCCGAUCGACCAAGGGGUUAAUGCGCCCACUUCUGAUCCUCCUACUGAUGCUCGAAGACUGUAG